AUGAUUUCAAAGGAUGAAGUGCUUUUCAUGCAACGGCCAAGGAAUAUAACUCCCGUUAUUCGGCAAUUGAUUAUAACAUUGAAUAACUCGGGUAUUGGGCCUUCAAAAACUUUAAACGUGUUAGGGGAGUUAACGGGUGGCUUGGAGAAUAUUGGAUUUGGUAAUCAAGAUGUUCGGAAUGUAUUGCGUGAUAUUCGACAUUAUGUGUUUGAUUCGAGUGAUGCUUUAGAGGGUUUGGCAUUACUUCGAGAAUUGAAACGUAAUAGUCAAGGUGAAUUUUUCUAUAAAGUUGACGUGGACGAGGAAAAUCGUGUGCGGGCCAUGAUGUGGGUUGACCCGAGAUCAGUCAAUGCCUACAAAAAUUUCGGAGAUGUUGUUGUUUUUGACUCCACAUAUCGUACUAAUAGGUAUUGCAUGCCGUUCGUGCCAUUUACGGGGGUAAAUCACCAUUAUCAGUCGAUUUUGUUCGGAUUUGCCCUGAUAAGGGAUGAGACCGAAGAAUCUUACUUAUGGGUGUUUAAGAGUUGGUUGGAGGCUAUGGGGAACGUGGCUCCACAAACGAUCAUCACCGAUCAAGACAUUGCUAUUGGAAAUGCUAUUGCCGAAUUUUUGCCUAACACAAGUCAUCUAUAUUGUACGUGGCAUAUAAGUACAAAAUUUGGUGAAAAAUUGUCGCAUUUAUAUGCAAAUCAUGAUCACUUCAAAGAAGAUUUCAACUCUUGCAUCUACAAGUCACUAACGGUUGCACAAUUCGAAGAUAGGUGGGAGGCAUUAGUUGAAAAAUACGAUUUGAUGAACCAUUCUUGGUUACAAGAUAUGUACUCCGUUCGACACAUGUGGGUCCGUGUUUACACUAAACUGCACUUCACAACCGGGAUGACCACUACCUCCAGAAGUGAGUCAAUGAAUUCUUUCUUCGAUGAAUUUGUCAAUGCUAGUACCGGUUUGAAGGAGUUUAUAGAGAAUUCACAGAAAGCGUUGGAGAAACAAUAUUUACGUGAAAGAGAGGCUGAUUACGAAACAAAGAACAAGGAAAGAUCCAAAAUAACAUCAUCAUCAUUGGACAGUCAUGCGGCAUCUAUUUACACAAAAGAAAUGUUUAGACGUUUUCAACAUGAACUCAAAGAAAGUGGAGCUUAUGUCGUGAUUGAGAGAGAGAGGAAUCCAAUUUACAAGCAUUACGAGGCAUACAAAACAACGGUCCAAGAGGAGUAUAGAAAACACUAUGUUUUGUUCGUCACCGAGAAUGGCAACAUAACUUGUGUUUGUCGAAAAUUUGAAAGUUCGGGAAUGCUUUGCCGUCAUAUUAUUCGAUACUUGUAUAAGAUGCAAUGGUCAGAGAUUCCACAGCAGUGCAUCACUUUGAGAUGGACAAUUGAAGGCAAUAAAAGAGUUGGAGCCUUACAACACAAGCGUCCUAAAAUUGGUAAUUUCCUUGAAUCACAACCCGCCCGAUACAGUACUUUAUGCAAAGCAUUUCAAGAUUUAGCAGCUCGCGGAAGUUGUUCAAUAGCGAGAUACAAUUAUCUCAUGAGUGUGAUUGAAAAAGAAUCGAAUUUUAUUGAAAAUUUUCCGAAUGAAAGUGGGGGAAAACGUGCGCGUGAGGAAGAAGAUGAUGCACAUGAGGUCGGGGAUGACGAUGAUGACAAAAAUUUCAAUGACUUGAGAAAUCCUAUAUUAUCUCAAACCAAAGGUCGUAAAAAAGAAAGGGUGAAAAGUGGCAUAGAGCGCGGCAAAGCGAAAAAAGGUCGAAAAUUUAAUUUUUGUGGUGCAAUUGAUGCCCAACAUGAUUCAAGAAAUUGUCCCACAAAAUUAGCGACAAAUUGCUAA